ACUGAUUUGUAUGGCGAGGGUAUCCCAUGCUUGCGUGUCAACUUCUCCACCGCUUCCCUUCCUUCCAUGGAGAUUCUGCUAUUUCGAAUGCAUUUUUGGUUUCAAUUUUCAAUUUUCUUCUCACAAACACAAAUAACAGGUCAAUCUGACUCCAUUAAUUUUUAACGCAAACUUUGAUUUUGUAAUUUCAGAUCCUUACGCAUUCGCAAGUUCAUUACUUGUCCUGGUAAACCCAAUAAUUAAUUAAGCAGACAAAUGUUACGAUAACGUAUUCUCUGUGGUUGUGGGUUUGGAUUCACUAUCGCACAUUAACAAAAUGCUCAGAUCACUGCCCAAGCUCUCACUCCUCUUUUCCUCAGCUAGGAAUCCUCGUUAUCUUAAAACUGCACAGCGUUUCACAUCUCAAGGGAGAAGACCAACUUCAAGAGUCAAGAUUGGAGCGGCAACCACUCUUUCUAUACUGUCUAAGUCAACUUCAACAAUUUCAUCUGCAAUUGCCUCAGAAUCUGCCGCAGAAGAUCAAGUUCAACAGAUCAAGCUACUAACAUCAACUGAUGAUAAUUACGGUGGUGUUACUGUGGAACUGGAUCAUCCUAUGGAUUCUUCAGAAUUUAUCCAAGUCCUUAGAGCUUCAGUUUCUCACUGGAGGCAGCUGGGCAAGAAAGGUAUUUGGAUAAAAUUACCUAUUCAUUUAGCCGGUCUAGUUGAAGCUUUAGUUAAGGAGGGGUUUUGGUAUCAUCAUGCAGAACCAAAUUAUUUAAUGCUUGUAUAUUGGAUUCCUGAUAGUCCAAGUACUAUUCCUGCAAAUGCCACACACAGGGUGGGGAUUGGUUCAUUUGUCAUGAAUGAAAAACAAGAGGUCCUGGUUGUUCAGGAGAAUAGUGGACUAUUUAAAGGAACUGGAAUUUGGAAAUUCCCUACUGGAGUUGUUGAUCAGGGAGAAGAUAUUUGUGUAGCAGCAGUAAGAGAGGUCAAAGAAGAAACAGGAGUUGAUUCAGAAUUUGUGGAAGUAUUAGCCUUCAGACAAAGUCAUAAUUCAUUCUUUGAGAAGUCAGACUUAUUCUUCGUGUGCAUGUUGCGGCCUCUUUCUUUUAACAUCCAAACACAGAGAUUUGAGAUACUGGAUGCACAGAAGUGAGUGACUGUGACUGUGUCUAUGAUGGUCAUGGUGCUGCAAGUUAUUUGGAGUCAUGCAGACAUCAUAAAAGAACUUGCAUGAAUGUUGACAUCAUCCGUGACUUUGGUAGCAGCUUGUUAGUGCUGAUUGUCAUGCGCGCACAUUUGGUCCAGUGCACAAGAUUAUUUGAUUAGUUCCAAAGUGCUGAAAAGCUAUGUUGAGUGGAGUGGACCAAUCACUUCCCAGUUUUGCUCCUCCUCUUUUCAUAGGAACAAUAUAUUCAGUGUAAGAAGAUCAUACAGUACAAUCUAGUGAAACUAGAAAGAUACACUUCAGUAUUGUUACAGAGAGAUGUCAGUACUUGGUGAUUAUAUGCAUGGUGAAAUGACAUUUAUCUUCUGCCAACUCACUUAAAUUGUAUCCUUUACAGCAUAAGUAUUGUAAUAAUAUUGUAAACAAAUCGUCCACUAUCUUGACUAAGUAACAAAAUCAAUCAUCCAUUGAGAUUAGAUUCCAUUAAAGACUUUUGUGUGGCCCUGCCUUCACAUGUAGUUGAAGCGUCAAUAGACAACCCUAAUUCUUCAUAAGGAAGAAAUCUAUCCAAUUUACAACCCCUCGUGGCAUUGUAACAUUGAUUUUGCUUCAAUUUCCACCUAGUUACUGUUGUUUUACAUAAGAAUCU